AUGGGCAACAGAUUCGUGUGUGAGUGGAGUAUGAUUCGAUCCAUAAUCGCCAUCCUUCAAUGGUGGUUCUUCAAUGUGGCGGUCAUCAUUAUGAACAAGUGGAUCUUUCAGAAACUGGAUUUCAAGUUUCCCCUCACAGUUUCUUGCAUUCACUUCAUCUGCUCGGCUAUUGGGGCAUAUAUAGUGAUCAAAGUUCUAAAGGUUAAGCCACUAAUUGUGGUUAGCCCUGGGGAUCUGUGGAGAAAGAUUUUUCCCAUGUCAUUUGUGUUCUGUGUCAACAUUGUGCUGGGGAAUGUGAGCUUGAGAUACAUCCCAGUUUCUUUCAUGCAAACCAUAAAGUCAUUCACACCUGCAACUACAGUGAUUUUGCAGGGGCUAGUAUGGGGGAAACGCUUUGAUUGGAGAAUCUGGGCUUGUUUGAACCCCAUUGUUGGGGGGAUUCUCCUGGCUUCUAUCACUGAGCUCAGUUUCAACAUAUUCGGGUUCUGUGCGGCCUUGGUGGGUUGUCUUGCAACUUCGACCAAAACCAUUCUAGCGGAGUCUUUGUUGCAUGGGUACAAGUUUGACAGUAUAAACACAGUAUUCUACAUGUCUCCUUUUGCAACUAUGAUAUUGGGGUUACCAGCUUUAGUGGUGGAAGGGUAUGGAGUGAUUGAAUGGUUCAACUUAAACACUCACCCUUUUGUUCUUUCAUCUUGUGGUAUCAUUGUUGGGUCUGGGGUGCUGGCGUUUUGCCUCAACUUCUCUAUCUUCUACGUUAUCCACUCCACGACUGCUGUCACGUUUAACGUUGCUGGAAACCUUAAGGUUGCGGUUGCCGUUGGAUGUUCCUGGUUGAUAUUCAGAAACCCCAUCUCAGCUUUCAACGCCGUUGGAUGUGUAGUGACAUUGAUAGGAUGUACAUUCUAUGGCUAUGUCAGGCAGAUGAUCUCACAGCAAGCUUCUAGGAGUAACUUGGAGUGUAUUCCAUUGGUAAAUCAGAAAUCAGAAAAUAACAGAGAUUAA